UGGGCUGGCCCUGUGCUAUCCAAGGCUUUCCUCCUCCUCUGAUUCACCUCAGCUGCAGCUGUUGGUCUGUCGGAGCUCAGACGGAGCAUUUCAGAAGAGUGGAUCCCAGACAUGAGCCUGUGUGCCGGGGGAACAGCCUCUGGCUUUACACACGUUCCAGGUAACGACAUAUUUGAUAAAUCAUCAGGACAAAUGUCGGAUGAAUCCACUGGCUUCUGAAUGGAUUCCUGAAGCGUGUUUUUUCGGAGAGCGCGUUUCGUUUUUUGCAAGAGUGAUGAAUGAAAACCAGGAGGAAAACACCAGAAAACAAAACCCGACCUCGCCAUGGAUGUGAGGGUGCAGUGAUGCUAUGGAAACAGCUGUGACUGUAUAAAGUCAGAAUAAAAACCCUAAACAGCGACAAGUUCUGCAGAACACAGCAUUUUUGCCUUUUACGGAUCAGAUGCUCAGAUGUGAGUUCGCUGAAUACAUUGGUCCUGAGCACCGAGCAGACCCCUGCACUCAGACCGGAGGAUGAUCCCCGGGGUCCCCAGCACGAUCACCACCAUGAUCCCCGCCUCCGAGGCUGCCAAAAUCUACCAGACCAACUACGUCCGGAACUCCCGCGCCAUCGGCACCCUCUGGGCUAUCUUCACCAUCCUCUUCGCCAUCGUCAACGUGGUGUGCUUCAUCCAGCCGUACUGGAUCGGAGACGGCAUGGACACCCCGCAGGCGGGAUACUUCGGGCUGUUCCACUACUGCAUCGGCAACGGGCUGUCCCGGGACCUGACCUGUAAGGGCAGCUUCACCGAGUUCAGCAGCAUCCCCUCCGGUGCGUUCAAGGCCGCCUCCUUCUUCAUCGCCAUGUCCAUGGUGCUGGUGCUCUCCUGCAUCGGCUGCUUCUCGCUCUUCUUCUUCUGCAGCACCGGCACCGUGUACAAGAUCUGCGGCUGGAUGCAGCUGGCUGCAGGAACCUCUCUGGUCCUGGGCUGCAUGAUCUACCCUGACGGCUGGGACAGUGACGAGGUGAAGCGGAUGUGCGGCGAAGAGACGGACAAAUACACGCUGGGGGCUUGCUCGGUGCGCUGGGCCUACAUCCUGGCCAUCAUGGGCAUCAUGGACGCCCUCAUCCUCUCCUUCCUGGCCUUCGUCCUGGGGAACCGGCAGGACGGUCUGAUGUCUGACGAGCUGCUGGGGGAAAAGAGCGGCAGUAACGCCAUAUAAUACCUGGUGAUGAUCAAGCACAAAGAGGUCUUGUUACCUAAACAUGAUGAAACGUCAGGAUCCAGCAUCUCUCCUGGUCCAACCUGUGGCUGGGAAGCAGAGCUGAUGUGUGGGGAAAGAACAGGUCAAAGGUCAGGUCUGUCUGGAAGAGCCCACAUCACUUUGGUGGAGACCAGGAUGCCGGCUGUCUUCUCUGAAAG